AUGGUCACAGUUAGAACUGUUAUCAGUAUUGCAGCUUCUCACAACUGGCCUCUUGAUCAGAUAGAUAUCCAUAAUGUCUUCUUACAAGCCUCUAGGCAAUGGAAUUUAAAGCUCACUGAGGUCUUGCUGGCUACUGGUUACUCACAAAGCUCAUAUGAUCACUCUCUUUUCAUAAAGAAGGAUGGUGAAGCUAUAGCUGUGAUUCUUAUCUAUGUUGAUGAUCUGCUCAUAAUAGGAAAUAGUGACAAGCUGAUACAAGAGCUAAAGGACUCUCUUCAUAGUAAGUUCAAAAUGAAGGACCUUGAUGACCUCAAAUACUUCCGAGGGAUUGAGAUUCUAAGGUCCAAAAUUGAUAUACUACUUAAUAAGAGGAAAUAUGCUUUUGAGUUAAUUUCAGACACUGGGUUGAGUGGUGCAAAAUCAGUGACUACACCUUUAGAAGCAAAUACCAAGCUCACCACAGUAGAAUAUGAUGAGCUAACUGGAGUCACCAAUGAUCCUGUGUUCAAAGAUAUUACAAGCUACCAAAGGUUGAUUGAUUGGGCAGCAUGUCCCAAUACCAGAAGGUCUGUAACUGGAUAUCUGGUUACAGUGAGUAGAAGCUCUAUAGAGGCUGAGUACAAGAGCAUGGCUGGUGCUGUUGCUGAAGUUAUUUGGAUCUUCGAAUAUACUUCAAAAAAUUCGAUUUUGAGAGAGAGUUUGACUGGUGGCCAGCAACCUCAACGCUGCUGUCUUGCCGUUGUCGCCGAUGUGCGUCAUUGGAGUUGCUUGCCGACGAAGAUGUUGUCCGCCGCUGCUCGUCGUUGCUGGCGCUGGUUCGCUGCUGCUGCAGCUGAAGGAGCUGCUAUGCGCCAUGGCUGCUGA